AUGAACCAAGUCUGGAAAAGCUUUGGUGAGGUUCAGAAUUUACUCGCUAAGACUUUUUUCACAGAUUUGGAAUCUUUUCGGAAUGUGGAAGUUGGUCUUGAGUUGUGUAUGAAAGGAUACAAUGCUCCAAAUGUGGUGGAUUCAUCUUCCAGAGAAGAACGUGAUGGUAUUUUACUAAAGUCACCUGAUAAUAAGACGGGCUCUGUGUAUGCAGAUUCUUGGUCAGAAUUUGGCACGACCGACCACUAUAAUGAUAAUACCAUUAUUGAAAAUUUUCAUCUACUUGGGCAUAAACUGCAAGAGUUUUUGGUGGAGGUCAGCUCUCUUAAGGAAAGAAUACACACGCACUCCAGUUCGGCACGUGAGCAAGACAAAACCCUGUCGAAACUAAUGACAAAUAUUCAGAGAGAAAUUACUUCCCAAAGAGAAUCUUUUGAAAAGAUAAAGACAGAAGUUAGUAAACGAGAUCUGCAACUUAUUGCAUUGCGGGGGAACGUUGCCCACCUUUAUGAAUCAUGCAUCAAUUCUGUCACUGUACUAGAGAACAGAAAAACUGAACUGCUUGGAGAAAAGGUUGAAUUUCCAGAUCAAGGGAUUAACUUGAAAGCACCGUCAUUUGAUGAUGAAAUAUUCGAGGAAUGUGUUAAAACCAUGGCUGAUAGACUGCUGUUGGCUGCAAAUGGUGAGGAUGAGACAACAAAGGCAUUGUAUGCUUCAUAUCAAGUGCCGAUUUCUGAGGGUCAAAAUAACUUGCAAACGCAUGCCUCUGAAACUGCAUUUGGAGUGAGCUCUGCUGAUGCAUCACAGUUUGGUCUGAAUCACAAAAAGUCCAAUUCUAACGUGUUGCUUGACCAAGGAAAGAAGAAACCUGUUUUUAAGGAAAAGAUAAUGUCAGGAAAGCUCAAUGCUCAAGUAUCAGGAAAAAAUAGAAACUUGAAUCAACAUUCUACAGAUUCUAAACCAAUGAAGAUGAAACAUCCCAGCAGGUCUAACAACACGAUAAAAGAGAGACAUGUGUCCGAAGAGAGAGAAAAGCAAACAAGUGAAGGUACUAGAAAGUAUAUUAAGUUGAAACGUAAAACAGAUGCUGAUCAAUCUAGUUCUGGAACUCCUAAGAAAUCAAAAACUGAACAUGUUCCCUAUGCUGAUAAACAACUGAAUCCUGGCACGGGCCUUGGGAAGGUUGUUCCAAAACAAGAGGCUGUAAUACAAUUUGUUAUUGACGCCAUUCAAGCAGAAGCUUUUAAUCCCAAGACUCUUUUUCUGAUUGGCAGCUAUACAAUUGGAAAAGAAAGGCUGUUCUUGGAGGUUGCUCGUUCGCUUCGCAAAAAGGUUUACGUAACUGCAGCAAAAUUACGCCUUUUAAACUGUUUAGAAUUUACUGAGGAGGAUAUGCAGUGGUCUACUUCAAAUGAGCAUGAAAGCAAUAUUCAUGUUGCCCCUAUGUGGACACUCGCAAGCUUCAAAAGAUUGAAGCACAUAUCAAGUCAAUAUGCGAGUCGGUUCAGUCUUAUAGUUGCUUUCUCUCCUACUGGUUGGACAUUUGGCAAAGGUAAAAAGAAGUCUCCUGGAAGAAGGUGGCAGCAGGGUACUGUUAUAAGGUAUGAAGUUCCUUACAGUGAGCAUUCCAGCUUUACAGAACUCAAAGAGUUUGUAAAUUUUGUGUCUCCCAAUAACAUUAUACCAAGUGUGAAUAAUGAUGGACCAGAAUCUGCGGAAGCAAUGGUUUCUCUCCUGUCAACUUGA